AUACUGUUCUCGGCGGUUGACUGACUCGGGUUAGCUUGCCGCCUGCGCGUUUUUCGGAGGUUUUCGCGCCUCAAUUAUUUAUUUUAUGUAAUUAUAAUUCAUGUUUAUAACAUUCCAACAUGGGUGCGUAUUUGUCUGAGCCCGUUACAGAAAAAGUGUCCAGCGAUGAAGCUAACGAUAAACUUGAGUGCGGCGCAAGCUCCAUGCAGGGAUGGCGUGUCAAUCAAGAGGAUGCACACAACACAAUUCUGGAGUAUGAUGUGAACACAUCACUGUUUGCUGUGUAUGAUGGGCAUGGGGGAGCAGAAGUGGCCACAUAUUGUUCCCAAAAUCUGCCGAAUUUCAUUAAAAACACAGAGGCUUACAAAAGUGGUGAGCUCACGAAAGCUUUGGAAGAUGCUUUCCUUGGAUUUGACGCUACUAUUGCCACCAAAGAAGUUAUGGACAUCCUAAAGGAGUUAGCUGGUGAAAUCAAUCCACCAGGUCCAAGUGACAAUGAGGAAGAAUCUGAAGAUGACAAUGUGAGCAACUUAUACCAAGAGGCGAGACUCCCAUUACAGGAAGUAUUGGCUAAGUAUGAGAACAAGCUGAGCACUCUUCAUCGUGCACGUCUCGGAGACACUGCUACUCCACUGUCUCCAUGCCUUCGCGCCAAGAAGAACACAGAGGAAGCCGGUGGUUCAGGUGCAGGAGGAUCAGGUUCAAGUUCUGGCAUAGCAGUAGCAGCUGGCUCCAGCUCAGAACAGCCGGCUGUAGAAGCAUCGUCCAGCAAGAAUGGCUUGUCCUCUACUAAAGAGGUUGCAGAGGGCAGCAAUGCCGAUGAAGACACUGGUGGUGUUUCCUCUACCAACUCCAAUGAAGAAGAUAAGGAUGUGAAUGGAGAAGUAUCCACCAGUGAGCCUGCUGAGAAAGCCAAGGAGCCUGUCGCAAUGGAGGUAGACAAAGCCAACUCCACAGCCCCAGACAGUUCGGAAGAUAAUUGCCUUCAGCCAGAGCAGAGCGGUGAUGCCAAGAGCUCAGUGGCUGCAGGCAACGGUGCUACUUCUGAAGCCUGUAAUGGAGAGGUCACAGACUCUAAGCAAGUUGAUGGUGAAGAAAGUAAUAUAACCUCAUCAAAUGGAUCUGCCACACCUGCUAAGGGUAAAGCCAAAGAUAAAACAGCAGCAGUAUCAAGUUCAGAUACUAAAGGGCGCGACAGGCCUAAGAACGCCAAGAUCAGGCGUGCCGCUGCCGCCGUCUACGAGACAUUAUUGCGUCAAGCGGCAGAGGAAGAUGAUGACGAAAGUGACUCCAAUGACGAAACCUUCGAAGGAGGAGAGAUCAACUCAUCUGAUGAUGAGAAUGUAAAUGGUGUGGAGGAGUCUUCAAAUGAUGGUAACAUGCCAAUUCUUGAAUGUUCUGCAGGAGAUGGAGAGGAGGAUGAAGACGAGGAUGAAUUGGAGGCUGAAUCAAGUGAUGACGAUGGAGAGGAGGAUAUCUCUAUGAAUGAGGAGCCUGGCAAUGACAGUGGUUGCACGGCAGUUGUGGCAUUGCUCAGGGGUAAUGAACUUUAUGUAGCCAAUGCUGGUGACUCGCGCUGCAUCAUAUGCCGAGAAGGCAAAGCGAUAGAUAUGUCAAUAGACCACAAACCAGAAGACACCCCUGAGCUCGAAAGAAUUAACAAAGCUGGUGGAAAAGUCUCGAAUGACGGCCGUAUUAAUGGCGGCCUUAACUUAUCGCGUGCCAUUGGUGACCACUCAUACAAGCAGAAUAAAGAUUUGGGUGCGAAAGAACAGAUGAUCACUGCAUUGCCUGAUGUGAAGACGUUAACGAUUGACCCAGAGAAGGAUCAGUUCAUGGUGCUGGCAUGUGAUGGUAUAUGGAACUUUAUGUCUAGUCAAGAUGUUUGUGACUUCAUUCUGCCGAGGUUAGCCGAAGGUCGAGAGAGGUUGUCACAGAUCUGCGAGGAGAUGUUCGACCACUGCUUAGCGCCGAGCACAAUGGGCGACGGAACCGGCUGCGACAAUAUGACAGCUAUUAUUGUACGGUUCAAAGGCGGCGUAAUCAGCGAGGUAGGACAGCACACAAGUAACGCGGAGGGAGCCAAGAAACGUGCCGCUGAAGAAGAGCACAACCAAGAGGAACAACAGGACUCGAAAAGGCAAAAAUUCGACGAUCCCCUCUCAAGUUCAGUAGUGACUUCAAGUGUCUAAACAUUCAAACAUAGACAAAAGUGUUCAAGCCACGCAUAGUAUUGUGAAAUGUAUGGUGGAGACUUUGUAAUUUAAAUUAUGAUUAAUAGACAGGUCAUGUCACGUAAGGGUUUCAUCGAGCAUAUUCUACUUAUUAAUUGGUAAUUAUUUAUCAUUUAUAUUGAGCAAUAUUUUGCUACAAAAAUCGCCCUCGUUUUUUGAUGAAAAUGUGUAUGAAAAUUUUGUCGUGUCGAUAAUGCUUCAUCCGGGUUCGGCUCGGCCCAGUGUUUACUCGCCAGUGUCUUUAGAUAUAGUUGUUUUGAAAUAACUCGAUUUGUAGACAUGUAGACGUACAGACAAAACAUAGCAAUUCAUUAUGCAUGCACAUAGUUUCGUUGACGUAGAGCAAAGUCAGCGGCAUGGGAUCAGACACCAACGCCACAACAGUCGACUGUUUAUCUAAACUCGCGACUUUUGAAUAAUUUCAAGCAUUUAUAUAUUAAAUGGUAGGUAGUUUGUUGCAAUUGAUAAUGUGAUUGAAACGUAAACUUACUACAAAUGUGCGACUGGUAUUUGCAUUACUAACGCGUAAAUUGUAGUAAGUGUACUGUUAAGAGGGAGGACUAAUGAUAAAUUCCAGAACUGAUUGUUGACGAUAGCAACUAGUAAGUAAGCUAAGCUGUAAGUGUAAGUUACAGAAUUUAUUGUGUACGAUCUAAUUAUUUUGAAUCCCACUUUAAUUAUUAUAAAGCAGAGUAAAGGUUAUUUUUUUUGUUUUUGAUGCUAGAAUUGGCAUUUUCGUUCUCCGUUUAUUAUAAUGAAACUCAAUAUAGAUUCUAGUAGUAUCUGAAAAUAAGAUGAUUGCUUAAAAUAAUAUUUUUUGCUAGAAUUUGUGAGUAAUAAAUCUUUAAUUUGUUUUCGUAAAGGCAGCAUUGACUUGGUGUACAAAACUCACAUUAUCAACGAUUUUUUUGUUGAUGUCGCUACUAUUUAUUGUUUUUCGACAUUUUAUAAAAGAACUUUUUUGUUUUUUGUAAUUACGAAUAAAAUGAGUACUUUACUAAUUUAAUAAAUUGACUAAUAAUCCAAAAUUGGCUCAUUAAAUUUGAAAUCAACUCUUUGUUUUCAGUUAAGUCUAAAAAAGGGCCCAUUUGGAGUUAUUUGGUGUUUGGUAAAUGUAUAAUUAUGACAUUGGCAUGUUCCUACAUAAAAUUAAAUGUUAUAAAAUUUGGAAUCAAGGAAAUGUAUGUAUAUUUCAAUUGUUUAUCUGUGUUACUCUGUAGUAAUAAGUAGUUCAUAUUUUUGUAAUCACAGGUAUUGUAAAAUAAACUUAAUUCCUACUUAGUUUUGUGAUUAAGUUGACAUAUUAUUCCAAAUUGUGACUUACUUUAAUAUAAAUAAUUUAUCCUUUCAAAUUCAAGCUAAUUCGGAUAACCCCAUAGUAAUAAUGACAUUGAUUUACAGUUUGAAUAUAGGAACUGUGUUAAUUACAUGUGUGUUUCAGUGAAAAUUACAUUUUUACAGACUGAAAAA